CUUUGCAGCCCCAGAUACUUGAGAGAUUCGUACCAGCUAAUAGCAAACAUCACAUGUUCGUCGGGCACCACCGGACUUCCGAAGGGUGUCUGUUACUCGCACGCUCAGACAAUCGCCGGUUUUUGUAAAGUAGCAAAUCUCGAUGACGGAAUCUGCCUUAGUUUCAGCACCCUCUACUGGGGUACUGGAGUCUACCUGCUCAACAUGGCCGUCAUGAACAAUUCGACCCGUCUCGUCACCCGCCAGCCGUUCUCGGUGAAUCUGUUCUUCGAGCUGAUCCGGAUGUACCCAAUCAAAUUCCUGUACACUCCGGCGUCGCACGCCGCAGCCAUCGCAGGUGACCCGCGGGUCAAACAAACCGAUAUGAGCAGUAUUAAAAUUUGGGCCCUCGGGGCAUCGAGUGUGUCCGAGAGUAUCCGGGACGCGGUAGAUGACCUACUCAAACUCACCGGCGGGCGGUCUUACAAUUUCUACGGCACCUCGGAGAGCGGUUUUCUGGCGGCAGAUUUUUUCCGUAGGAAACCGAACGCAGUGGGGAAAGUUGGAACGAAUAUGCAGGUGCGCAUACUGGACGAAGCUGGGGAACCUCUAGGAGUCGGCGAGCAGGGCGAGGUGGUCGUCAAGUCGGUUGGGAUUCCAUUUUUGGGCUACUACAAAAACGAACAAGCGACACGGGAAGCACUCGACAAGGAAGGCUGGUUUCUGACGGGCGACAUUGGGUACUUCGACGAGGAGGGGUAUCUCUAUUUGGUGGAUCGGAAAAAAGACAUCCUCAAGUAUAUGGGCAAUCAGGUAUCACCCUCGGAGGUGGAAGCGGUCAUUGCACUUAUGGAGGGAGUAUUGCACGUUUGCGUAACCGGAGUACCUAAUGAUGACCAAACAUCGGAUCUCGUGACGGCAGUGAUACAGAGAAAUCCUCUGUUCGAUCUGACUAAAGCGCAGGUGAUAAAUCACGUCGCCGGUCGACUUAGUGAACCGAAGCAUUUGCGAGGUGGCGUGUUUUUCAUCGAUGAGUUUCCAAUGACAUCCAACGGGAAGAUACUUCGAAGAAAAGUGCGGCAAAUGCUUCUGGAUGGGGUUAUUCAAUAA